CAUCCAUGGGUCCCCCUUCCAUCCUUAUAAGUCAAUCCAUAUCUUAAUAGUAGUUGCCACAUCCACGUCAGCUGAAAGGCUGUAAUUUUUUUUUUGGCAGAGCUGAAAGGUUGAACUGGUUUGGUUGGUGAGUUUUGUCCAAACACCUAACCUACCUCCUAUUGACCAAGAACAGGGUUACAAGGUUAAGUAAAGCAAGCUAUGUGCAAAGAAUAGUAUAUAUGCCAAUCCUCUUGCUUCACUCCUCUCCUUGCUCCCCCUUUGAAUAAUCCAUCUUCCCUACUCCUUCAAGAAACCAAGCUACCAUUUGCAAACAUUCAAAUGUGCUAUUGCCCUUGAAUUGCACACACAAACAAUUGCACAUAAACAAGUGUACAUGGAUAUAUAGAUAGAUAUCUUUGGGUGGAUUAACCUUGCAACCACUUGGUUAGUUGCAUUGUUUGGAUUCUUCCGAUCCAUGCAUGGCCAACUGAAAAUGAAGAUGAGGUGUCUCACGCCUAGCGGUCGCCGGCGGUGCCCCCUCCGGCUCGGCGGUGACACGGCUGCCUUCUGCGCCUCGCUCGUCGAGGGGCUCGCGCACCUCGAGAACACGCUGGACGUUGAUGGCGGCGGUGGCGGGUCGGGGUCGGUGUCCAUGAGGUGGUGCGCCGACGCCAUGCAGCUGGUGAAGCGGAUGCAGCGCGAGAUGCUUGCCAUCUUCAGGAAGGCUGACGUGCCGGUGGCCGUCGUUUCGUCUUGCGGCGCCGGGGAGUGGUUCGACCACUACAUGCAGGAGACCGCGGCGCUGCUGGACUUUUGCAACGCGUUCAAGGCCGCCGUGUCGCGGCUGCACCGCUACUGCAUGGUCGUCGACAUCGCCGCGCAGGUGGGCCGCGCCGCCGUCUCGAGUUUGCUCGUCUCGGGGAUUGCCGCCCCUUGCGCCGGGUGGGCGUCGGAGCCGGUCCAGGAGGCGCCGGCCGCCGUCCGCGACAAGAUGAAGAGCGUGAAGGUGGCGGUGACCGAGGCGGAGCGACUGGGAAUGAAGAUCAUGUCCGGCGCCGGCGGGGACGCGGGCGGCAUGGUCGUCGUCACGCUCGUCGCCAAGAUCACAACGUCCGUCCUGUCCAUGUUCGUGCUCCAGGCACUCGCCUCUCCUUCCCACCUCUACGCUGGCGGCGUCCGGCCCACCACUCUAUCCUCCGCCGUCGUCCCGGAGCUGGAGCCGUGGUGCGAGUCACUGUCACUGAUCCACGCCCGGUUCCCCUGCCGGGCGACCGUCGCGGAGCACGAGCAGGUUGCCACGGUGGUCCAGGACCUGAUCAAUGGCAGAACUGACGACGGUGGAGGCCAUGGAGGUCAGGAAGAAGAGCUGCUGAGGCGGCAUGUGGAGCUGCUGAGGGCAAGGUCAGGCGAGCUCAGGGAAGGGGUGGAGAUGUUCGACUGCGUCCUGGAUGAGGUGUUCGAUGAGGUGAUCAGGGGCAGGAAUGAGAUGCUGGGGAUCCUCAGAGACAAGGCUCUAACGUAACAAUGAAGUGAGCUUUUGAGAUAAGCCUCUGGAUCAAUUAUUUGAUUGACCUUGUGCAGCUUGGAGAUCUUCACAGUGUUGGGUGUAUGCCGAUUAUUGGUUGAUCAGUUGAAUUUGUUUUGCAGAAAGUUGUAGAAAUGUAAAGAGUGUUGAGUAUUGACAUGUGUAUGUAGAUGUGCAGGUGAUUCUAUUUUCGUUUCC